AUGGACUACCCUACCAACAAACAGUUUCUUUUCGGCCCAGACUGGGACCUCAAUCGCUGGACCUCCUCCGAUGACCGCGUCCGCGGUGGAUCAUCUGUGUCAAAUCUCGAGCCUACUGCAGAAGGGGUGCGCUUUUAUGGCAACCUCGACAUUGAGACACUUGGUGGUGCUGGUUUUGCCUCCCAACGCACGGUUGGAGACGAACAAACAUGGGACCUCAGCGGAUACGAUGGCGUUGAGCUACGCAUUAUUCCAUCGGACAAAAAUCGAUACACCUUCUCCUUGACAGACGAAAUCCCACCAAGGAGGCCCGAUGGUCGUGAACAAAGCGCUCUUAUCUGGGAAUUUGAUUUCUCUGCGAAUGAGGCAGGGCGCGAAGUGCGUCUGUCCUGGAAGGAUCUGAAACCGACGUACCGGGGGAAGCCGGUGGAAGAUGCGAGGCCGUUGGACUUGUCCCGUAUAAGGAGAUUUCGGAUCAUGAUUCGAAGGUGA